AGUAGUAGCAGUAGUAGCAGUAGUGGUAGUAGUGGUAGAAGUAGCAACAGCAGCAGUAGUAGUAGUAGUAGUAGCAGUAGUAGUAGUAGUAGUAGUAGUAGUAGUAGUAGUAGUAGUAGUAGUAGUAGUAGUAGUAGUAGUAGUAGUAGUAGUAGUAGUAGUAGUAGUAGUAGUAGUAGUAGUAGUAGUAGUAGUAGUAGUAGUAGUAGAAGUAGUAGCAGUAGUAGUAGUAGUAGUAGUAGUAGUAGUAGUAGUAGUAGUAGUAGUAGAAGAAGUAGAAGUAGUAAUAGUAGUAGUAGUAGUAGUAGUUGCUGUUGUAGAAGUAGUAGUAGUAAAAGUAGUUGUAGUAGUAGUAUGAGAAGUAGUAGUAGUAGUAGUAGUAGUAGUAGUAGUAGUUGUAGUAGUAGUAGUAGAAGUAGUAGUAGUAGUAGUAGUAGUAGUAGUAGUAGUAGUAGUAGUAGUAGUAGUAGUAGUAGUAGUAGUAGUAGUAGUAGAACUAGUAGUAGUAGUAGUAGUAGUAGUUGUUGUUGUAGUAGUAGUAGUAGUAGUAGUAGUAGUAGU